AAAGCAAACAUUGCUCAAAUUGAAAAUGUUGAAUUCAAAGAGACGGAAGAAGGAACUUCUACUGUCAGUUCUCAUGGUAGUUCUUCCACGACAACGACUGCUCACGAUAGUGCCACGAGUUUUACCCGAGCGGCAUACGACAUAUUACAACGUAAUACUGAUUCUCAGGUACAUGCUCGUGGUAACCAUGCUUUCACUAAAAGGCCUGACGAUUUUCUUGAAAUGCCAAAGAACUCUCAGUUGGCUUAUUGUUCGAAUUCUGAGAAUUCAAGUCUUUCUUCCACAAUGGCGAAAACCAACGUUGAGAACAAGGAGAAUGAAACAGAUGAACAAGUGGCUCGAUUAACAAAGAAAAGCCAGGAAGUUCUGCAUCUUAAAGACGAGUUUAAAACUGCGAAUGAUUUGAAAAAAAAUCAUUCUUUGACAACAUCUUUGCAAUCAGGGCAUUACACUGACUCAUCGCUCUUGUCGGAGGAAGAAGUGUGUGAGCCUCUUGUUGAUAUGAACAGCGGUGUAUCUCUAAUUCCCGUAGUUUGCCCCGAUGACGAUAAAGGAGUUAGGAGUCUAGCUAUGUCAGAUGAAAAUGAGCGAUUUACUGUUGCACCUGAGACGUCGCGACAUUUAGUUCAUUCAAUAAAUGAUUCGCCCGUUUCAAGUAUUUACACUGAUGAAGACGUCGAGAAUGAUGCAAGUUUAGCAAUUGGAGCAACUGUUGCAGCGAUAUGUGCCACACGUGAUGGUAGCAUAGAAAUUAAUGAUUACUCAGGAUCGUCAUUGGUCAGAACCAUGGGUGAUGGUUGUAUGAAUCCAUCAGAGGAAUAUCCAUCAGGCAAAGAAAUGACUUCAGAGGAAUUAAAACAGGCGAUUGUAUCGAUGAUGUUAAGAAAAGAUGAAGUUGAAGAACGUAACAGAUCGUUGCAACAACAUUUGGAAAAAGAGAUGAUGAAGUCAGCUGCUCUUCGUCUUCAAUUAGAAGAUUUAAAAAGAGUUAUGUCGUCGAAAAAUGAAGAAAAUUGCGUCGCUCUUAACGGCUUAAAUAGUGAAAAUGAUUUGCUCAAACACCAACUAAAGAAAUACGUGGGUGCUGUUCAAUCGUUGAAAAGAAAUGACUUUAUGGAAGAAGCUCCAGAAAAUGAAAGACUUUCUUCUAUCAUUCUUUCUCCGGAAUCUGACGUCGACGAAGUGAGAAAGGAAGAAAACAAAGAUUUUGAGCGGAAGUUGAUCCAAGUCGCUGAUAUGCAUGGCGAACUUAUUGAACUCAAUGAAAGACUACAAAAAAUGUUGAACGCUCGUGAAUGUCAGCUAAGAAUAUUAAAAGAAGAGCUUGUCAAUCUUAGAGGACCGCUUCCUCAGGACAAUAAUCAUGAUGAAUGUUUAUAUUUGACGGAGUUUGGUCCAAAUUUCAUGUCUGUCAAUACUCGUCCUUUAAUUAACAUUUGGAUUCCAUCUGUUUUUGUACAAGGAAAGUCUCCAAACAUUCACCAUUCUUAUCAGGUUUAUAUCCGUAUCAAAGACGAUGAAUGGAAUGUUUACAAAAGAUACUCGGAUUUUUAUGCCCUACAUAAGAAGACAAGCAAGCAGUUUAAACCUGUUGCACAAUUCACGUUUCCCGCGAAGAAAAUUAUUGGAAAUCGUGACGUCAAUUUUGUGGAAACACGUCGGAAACAAUUGGAAAAUUACUUGAGAAAAUUGAUCAAUUAUAGUCUGGGUGCUGUUCCAGAGUUAGGUGAAAAUCCUUGCAAGAGUUCUUUGUUCAAAUACUUUCCAUUUUUCAUGCAAACUUCAACGGUAUCAUCUGUUUCAACGACGACAACAACAAAACAAACUGUUCCUCCUACAUAUAAUGGUUAAAAGGUAAAACUUGUAGGAUGUCUGUCAAAAAAAACAGAGCAUAGAAAUUGUAUAAGUUGUAUUGUAUAUAUAUAACAUACGUAUAGUUCAGUAUAUAUAAAUAUAAUAUGUCUACAAAGUAGAAGAAUUUCCUGAUGCAUCAACUUCAACGAUUCUUUAUUGUAUGUGUUAUAUACAGAUAUAAUUUGUCAGUAUUUGCUACUAUAUAAUAGUACAUCAUACUGGGUUUUAACAAGUUAAAACAUAAUAUUUAACUUGAAAUGAAAACAAUCGUAUAUUAAAUACAUCACACGAAACCUA